AUGCCCAAGCAUGGAGAAAGGAACUGCUGGAAAAUGCUGAAUAUGAACGGCUUUGCGGUAGGAAGUGGCGCCAACGGUCUGAUGAAAGGCAAGUAUCAUCCAAUGUGGAAGCUUAUCUCUCAAAUCGCGUUUGGCGUACACCUGUUGGCGAAAGGAACGGCGAAAUCAACGUUGGAGGUCUUGAAGAUUCUCCAGCGCCACGUGGAUGAGUUGGACGGGUUUAUUGAAAGAAGUACUGAGGAUUUCUUCAUCAUUCAGGUGGAUGUCCGCACCCGCAUCCAGUACCUCAGCCUACCGCUUCAGAACCUGGAUGUCUUCGAUGAGAUGCUGCAGGACCGCAACUUUCGCCUCGCCAUGAUCGACUACAACGAGAAGAUUGAGCAUGCGGUCGACCGGUUUAGUAUUGCAGUUCAGGACUCUUUAAAAGAUAUACAGAAGGCAAGAGAAGCAAUCAGUGUUCUAUGGCACUAUAUCGGGCAAUCAACGAAGCAGAACAGACCACUGCCCAGUUAUUUGGCUGCUGUGUAUAACGCUAUGCUGGCUAAUACCGAAGGCUGGAACAUGGCCCUCUCAAAGCUUCGUCGACGAGGAGUUGCUUUGGAAGCUGCCCUUGCCCAGCUGGGUCUGACUAUCACCGAGAUGCAGCGCCGCGUAGGGGUUGCAAGCCGACGAGACGUGGUGUCGUUCAUCCAGUCUUCAAAAGAGUCAUCCCCACACAAGUCAACCAAACGGCGUUUCUUUGGGAAAGCACUCCCCAUCCGCACGACCAAUUCCUGGGUCUCAGAAAAGCCACUGCCCUCUGACCCAGAUUUUCGGGGAACACUGGAGCCGCGCCCUGUCUCCAGACAAAUUGAUGGCUACCGAAUGUCACAAAAAAGCGUUCCAAACCUGAGAAGUCCACAAACGCCUGAGACUGUUAGUAUAGAGGAGCAACGUUCACGUCGUGCCAAAUCCGUCACCGGUGCCGGUGAAACCCGGGGGUCAAUUGCCCUUUUCCCCAAAAUCCACAGGCGGCUGAGCAGACGAUUUUCAAAGGCCGUGCCUGCAUCGAAAACAUCUUUGAGUGAAGAGACCCGAUCUGUGCCGUCAGCACGGCCCGCCACGGCUCCUUCUAAAACGUUCAGAUCACCAAGCCCUGCUCUGGGGCAGCUGAAGGUUGACCACCAGGCUAUAAAAGAACGUUCCGGGGAAACGGUAAAAGCACCACUCCAGCGCCAACCAAAUCGCGCUGUAGAUGCGAAGACGUCGGCGAGGCGGGAAACGAUGAAGAAUCAGCUGCUGCAGUAUUUCAAGUCAGACAGAGUCGUCGAGGCCUGGGAGAAUCUCGCAAACAAGGAGAAUAAAAUCUCUCGUUCCAUAUCUCUGAAAAAGCGGGAUGGUCCUUUGAGUGUAUUCCGUGCAAGACCCACGCAACCCCCCGAGGUUCCUCAAUCGCGGACAACAUUCUAUGAGAAGGAUUUAGAGAGCCAGAUGGCUUGGUUGCAGGAAGGAAGCGAGGCAUUGAACACUUACUCCUUGAAGCCGAAAAGGGAUGUCACUCCUAGAAUCCAUGUACUCUCUGUCCAUACGACAUUGAUCCAAGAAUCGGAAGAAGAACACUCUUCCGAGAUUGAAGGAAAAGAAGAACAGACUAACGACGGUCAUUCGAUCCUCACGGCUCUUCCUUCACCACCCCCAGUGAGUUGA